AUGACCGAAUUAAAGACGCUUGUGCACCUUCGGGGCCAAGCAAAAGCCAAAGUGACCAGAAUUCGGAAAAGAAUCGAAGAAUUGGCUGAACUCGGCGUCGUGCAGCUGACCCUAGCACAGCUGAAGGUGUAUUCCCGGAAUUUGGAGGCACAUUUUCAAGAAUAUCUUAGACUACAUCAUCAAAUCACCGGCCUGUUGCCACCGGAGAAGAUAGAUGACAACGACGCUACGUACUUGCAAUUUGAAUCCCUCCACAUUGAAACCUCUGCGUUGGUGGAAAGUCUAAUUCAAGAUUCGAUCCCGAAUACCGCACCUCCUGUGGUAGUGCCCGUGUCCCAAUCCUUGAGUAGUCAGCCACCGCAAAUAAUCGUUCAGCAACAGCCACUUCCGGUUCCCAUCCCUUCCUUCGAUGGAAAACCGGAAAAUUGGCCAAGGUUCCAGCAAGUGUUUUCGGAUGUCAUGUCAAGGUCCAAAGACUCCAACGCUGUUAAGUUACACCACCUUGAAAGAGCACUCGCGGGUGGUUCCGCUGUCAAACUUAUCGACCCAAAGACGCUUAGUGAUGGAGAUUUCGUCCACGCCUGGGAGUUACUGCUUGACGUUUACGAUGAUGAAAGAAAGGCAGUUGACUCUCAUAUCUACGGCUUAUUGAGUCUCAAGCGGAUGAGCAAGGAAUGUUCCAAGCAGCUGAGGGAGCUUUUGAACGAGGUAACCCGCCACGUGGAAGGAUUAAGGCUAUUGGAGCAGAACUUGGAAGGAGUUUCCGAAAGGUUCGUUAUUGUCGUCCUAUCCGGUGCACUGGAUCCGGAAACGAGAAAGCAGUGGGAAGUUACCAUUCCCCAUAAGGAGAUUCCAACGUAUGAUGAUACCAUCAAGUUUUUGAAGGAGCGAUGUUCAUUGUUGGAACGUUGCGAAGUUAGCCAACCGAAGUCAUCGAAGGAGUCAAACCUGAAACCGUACUCAAAACCCCAACCGGCAAAGUCAUUCGCUAUGGCUACACCCGUAGCUAAUAGUGAAGUGAAAUGUGAUGUCUGUAGUGCAAAUCAUCCCAAUUUUAAGUGCGACAGUGUUUCAUCGUUGUCCAACUCAAUUCAUAAGGUUCCUUUGUCGGAUGGCACGCUUUUGCUAACGGCCAUGGUUGAUGUUCUUGACAGCCGUGGAAAUCCGCAUCCCUGCCGUGCAUUCCUCGAUUGUGGUUCCCAACCACAUUUAGUUUCCCGUUCCUUGAUUGAGUGUUUGGAAAUCGACGAAGUUCCCACCCAUGUUGAAGUCGUCGGAGCAACUGGUAAACGAUCAGUGUUGGACAAGAAAGUAAAGCUUUCGUUCCGUUCUCGUUGUAUGGAUUAUGAAGCCCAGAUUGAAUGUUUGGUCACCAAUGUGGUGACUGGCCCUAUUCCUAGUAGAAAAUUGGAUGUUCGUUCUUGGAGUAUUCCCCCAGGCUUAGCACUUGCCGAUCCUUCCUUCCACAUACCCGGACAAGUUGAUCUCUUGAUCGGAAUUAAACUCUUCUUCCACUUGAUGCUACCCGGACAGUUAGUGUUGGGUAAUGAUUUUCCAAUUCUUAAGGAAACCCGUCUGGGAUGGGUUGUUGCUGGUGGUACUGAGGAUAUUGAUCAGAAUCAGCAUUGCUAUGCAGCCACACUACGUCCGCUAUCAGAAUGUAUGGAAAGAUUUUGGUCUGUCGAGUCCAUUGAGGAUGCGGAUGCCGUAUCUAAGGAGGAGCAAGAUUGUGAGCAGCUUUUCAGUUCCACUUCUGUUCGAAACCCUGAUGGUACCUACACUGUCCACCUUCCGUUAAAGGAAUCUGUAAGUGAUCUAAGUAAUAACCGAUCGUUGGCCCUAAAGCGUUUCUUCAUUUUGGAGCAUCGAUUCAGCAAGAAUGCCGAUUUGAAGGGUGCUUACGUUGAUUUCAUCAACGAGUAUAAAUCGUUGUCCCAUUGUAAGGAAGUUUCCGAGGUAGAUGACGUCCCUGGGAAGUUGGUUCACUAUUUACCUCACCAUGCGGUCUUGAAACCAAGUAGUUCCACCACCCGUUUAAGAGUUGUCUUCGAUGCUUCGGCUCGAACAACUGGUCCAUCUCUUAAUGACGUUUUGAUGAUUGGUCCGACAGUUCAGCCCGACAUUUUUUCACUAAACCUGCGGUUCCGUACACACCGUUUUGCAUUAAAGGUUGAUGUUUCAAAAAUGUUUAGGCGAAUCAAGAUAGCUGAGGAUCAUUCUCCCCUUCAGAGGAUUUAUUGGAGGGAAAACCCUGAUGCCCCACUUCAGAUCCUAGAGUUGACAACCGUUACUUAUGGAACAGCCAGUGCCCCAUUCUUGGCCACACGAACAUUGUUGCAGUUAGCCCGUGAUGAAUCUCACAAUUUUCCAAUAGCUUCCAAGGUUUUAGAAGAGGAUGUUUAUAUGGAUGACGUGGUAUCAGGAGCUGAUACCAUCGAGCAGGCAAUUGAUCUUCGUUUGGAGUUGACAAACUUGUUGAACUCUGGAGGCUUCCCUGUUCAUAAAUGGUGUGCAAGUGACCCAGCCAUACUCGAUACAGUGCCUGAAGAAGACCGAGAAAGGUUCUUAGAGUUUGAGUAUUCAGAUGUCAACAAGGUUAUCAAAACCUUGGGUCUAUUAUGGGAUCCAGAUGAGGAUAUUUUCCGUUUCCAUUGCGAAUUGAAGUUACAGUCGUCGCCUAUCUCAACCAAGCGAGUUGUCCUCUCUGAAAUUGCUCGAAUAUUUGAUCCUUUGGGUCUUAUUGCUCCGGUGAUUGUUUUGGCAAAGGAAAUCAUGCAGUGUUUGUGGAAAGAUGGUUUGGGUUGGGAUGACUCAUUGGAAGGUGAAGUUCUGCAAUCUUGGCUUACGUUUAGAGAUUCGUUGAAGUAUAUUGAUAUGGUCAAGAUUCCCCGCUACGUGGGAUUGACGGACGUUAAACUCGUCGAAAUACAUGGGUUCGCUGACGCUUCCAACCGUGCUUACGGAGCAGCUGUUUAUUUGAGAGUUGUUUCUGAUACCGAUGUAAAAAUUUCGUUGCUAUGCAGUAAAUCAAGAAUUGCUCCCUUGAAACCUUUGACGAUCCCUAGAAUGGAAUUAUGUGCCGCCGUAUUGUUGUCAAAAUUGGUUCCCAAAUGCAUCUCGUCGUUGAAAAUGGACAUAAAUCGCGUGUAUUUGUGGUCCGACAGUCGUAUUGUACUCGCCUGGUUGAAAAAGUCUUCCAGCCAGCUUGAAGUCUUCGUCCGCAACCGUGUAACGGAAAUCAAUACUGCAACCGUCGAUUAUUCCUGGCAUUACGUUCGUUCUAUCGAAAACCCAGCCGACAUUGUGUCCCGAGGACAGCUGCCACAGUAUCUUGCAAAGCUUUCUAAAGAACUGCUCGAGAAGAAGAAGGCAAUGGAAUCCAACUUGGAGGUGCUGAUGGAUCGGCGUGAACUGAUCAUAGAUAAAUUCAUCAGGAUGAAGGAAUCGUUGCAAGGAGAAGUCAACAUUCAUUUGCUCAAUCUUCACCUUGAAACACUGCGGCGGUUUGCGAACGAAUUUGACAAAAUACAUGCCGAAAUUUCCGUGCUGCUGCCGAGAAAUCAACGAGCUGCUGAACGCAAAGAGUAUGCGGUCUUCGAAAAAAUUCACAACGAACUUUACGUUGACUUGCAGGCUAUGAUCGCCGCAGCGCAAGAAGCAAGUAAUAUCAACAAGGAAAACCGUGGGCAAUCGAUUUCUCAGCUGGUUGAAACGUGUACGAAGCACGUCGAUUCUUUGAAAGGUCAUGGCUAUCCUGUCGAAGGCUUGGGGGAAUUGAUUGUGUCUAACGUUCUCUAUAAGAAACUCGACAACGAUACGCAGGAGCAACGGGAGCUGAAGCUGCCUAAGGGAGAAAUUCCUUGA